UAUGACGCAGGGGGACACAUGGCGGAGACCAAAGGCCUGUCGUCAUUAGUCCUCUGUUAGCACUUAGCAUGACACAGCCGGGAGACCGGUUCGGCCGCCGCGGGGCUGAGAGAGGCUUGGGUUCACCCAGAGAGACAAACUCGUCUGACAGGACCGGCGUACAAAAACCCGCCUUCUCCCUCCGCCGCCUCACAGCUCGUCCGCCGGCGAGAGGAUCAAACCUGGGCCUCGUCCUGCUUCACCAUGUUCCAGCUCGUCCUCGGUGUGCUCGUGAUUGGGCUCGUUUAUGUCCUUCUGGUGGAAACUCUGUUUAAGAAGUCGCAAUGUAAAGGAAAGAGAGAGAUGAGCGGGAGAACGGUCAUCAUUACCGGUGGAAACACGGGCAUUGGGAAAGCCACAGCCAUGGAGCUGGCAGGUCGAGGAGCAAGAGUGAUCUUGGCUUGUAGGAACCAGCAGAAAGCCGAGUCUGCCAUCAGUGAUAUUAUGAAGGUGACGGGGAGUACUGAUGUGGUGUACAUGCAGCUCGAUCUAAGCAGCCUCAGAUCUGUCCGUUCCUUCACCGAGAUCUUCUUGAAAGCUGAGCCUAGACUGGAUCUUCUCAUUAACAAUGCAGGUCUCAUAGCAGAUGGUCGAACUGAAGAUGGUUUCGGAAUUGAGUUUGGGGUCAACCAUCUUGGACAUUUCCUGCUAACCUGCCUCUUGCUGGACAGGCUGAAGGAAAGCCCAGAAGGCCGUGUGAUCACGAUGUCUUCGAUGGCUCACCGCUGGGGCAAAAUCGACUUUGACGCUCUGGUGGCUAAUAAAGAUCUGGGCACCGGCAGAUACAGCUGGCAGUUCUUCCAGGCCUACUGCAACAGCAAGCUCUGUAACGUUCUCUUCACACAUGAACUGGCCAAGAGACUGAAAGGGACCAACGUUACCUGCUACAGCGUUCACCCAGGUAUUGUGAAAACUGAGCUCUCCCGUCAUGUGAGUCUAUGGCAGAAAGUGUUCAUUGAGCCGGUGGCCUGGUUGCUGUUCCUGGACCCAACAACCGGCGCCCAGACUACACUCCACUGUGCCUUACAGGAGGGCAUUGAGCCUCUUAGCGGGCGUUACUUCUCCUGCUGCGCCGCUCAGGAUGUGAGUGCCAAAGCUAAAGACGAUGCUGUGGCCAAGAAGCUGUGGGAAGUGAGUGAGAGAUUAAGCGGCCUCUGCUAAACCCACAAGAACUGUCCAUCUCACAGCUUAAGAGACUGAAACCAACAGUCACUCAGUGUGAUUUGAUGUAAAAUAACAGCGUAACAUAAAUAUUGGUGAAAUUGUGAAGAAUGUGAUGGAUGCAGGUGGUAGUAAAUACAACACUUUGUACAUUAUGUGGAGCUCCUUUUUAUACUGUAUUUUGAAAUAUUGUAAUAAAGUAUGCAUUGAAUGCAG